AUGCCUCCAAUUUGUUUCAGAAUCACAACAACCUCAACAACAACCAUAACACGUCGGUUUGAAGUCGUUGUCGAAGUCGACACCGAGCGACGUACUUCCACCCCAGCCACGCAUACCCCACCAUCGAGGACGUCUGAACGUUCUAUACCUGCAUCGGCGCCCCAGACACCACAUGGAACCAACGACAGGCGUAUUCGCUUAGUCCUUCCUGCCCCCCGAUUGCCUGAUGAAGCACACGGGCCAUCGCCAGCGCACACAUCAUCGAGACGUGAAAGUCACGAACGCAGUGCCAGUCCCGACAGGGUGCACGAGCUGGUGUCAAUGCGCACGACAUUUAGCAUGCCGGCCUUCGAUAUCGUCCCUCGACAACUGGAGGGAAAGAUGCAUCGGCUUCGUUUGUGGCUCGACGGCCGCUAUGCAGCCCACCACAGCCACCUCAAUGUCUAUCAUCCCACCGAGCUCCCGUUACCUGAGCCUCAAGACAACCAAAGUUACUUUGUUGUGUUCCGUGGUUUGCAGACGGGGGUGUUCUAUACACGGCAUGAACUUCAUCAACGCGUUCGACGCGUGGAGGGCGCAAGAUGGGCAGAGUACGAUAAUCUCACCGAUGCCAUGGUCACCUACCGUGCGGCAUAUGACGAUGGCGCUGUCAUCGCUAUACUGCAUCUGCUAUCUACUGCCCCCAAUGCUAGUCAAGUGCCCGAGAUCGUGCAUGAGUGCUAUAUUUCAGUUUGUGAGAUGAGGAGGUUGGUGCACGGAUUUGACCCAAAAGCCAUGUACUCUCGUCUCGCGGCGUGCUAA